CUAAUUGUUUCAGUACAGACAGUCUCUGGCUGGGAUAUGAUGUAAAAUGGCGUUGGAAGACGUCACGUGGUACGUGGGAGUCCGUCUUCUCCUUCUAUCACUAACUCUGCGGUGUUGUAAAGCAGCUGAGUCAUUUGUGUCUGAGAUUGAACCACUAAAGGGCAGUCUGAAUGGCGGGACACGCAUCACUAUAACGGGCAAUAAUUUCGCUCGGAACCUGUUCAGCUUUGGCGCUGGGAAUGGCCAUCUUGGAAACAAAGUGUAUCUUGUCUCCUCCACCCGUAACUUCGAAUGCAGCAUCCAUCUCGACGGUUGCCAUGAGAAGCAGAUCACAUGCUAUACCCCUAAAAUGCCCACAGCAGAUUACUCGGUCCGGGUCUAUGUUGAUGGGGUUCGAAUCCCAGACGAAGAGCACUGUAAAGCGAGUCGCAACAAGUGCAUCUUCAAGCCUGAGGCACAUUAUACACCAACCAUAGAUUACAUCGAGCCUACAUCCGGGGUUCCAGGCACGCUGGUCAAGUACCGUGGGCGCAUCAUCACUUCCCUCUUUGGUUCCAAUGAAGUGACCAGUACUAACGGUCAAACUGCCCGGUUUGUCAGGGUCUACAUGGGCAGUGAUAACUGUGAAGUGAAAAACCUGGAUGAAGAUGUCUUAUUUGGGAUUGAUCUUGACAAGGACGGGACAAGCUGGUGGGGGGCGCUGAAGUGCAAGACAGAAACUACCUAUGUGGGCUUCGUGAAUGCCAGUUUCAUCGUCGAUGAAUGGUUUGGAAGGUCAAUGCCCGAUCUGGAUACUCUCCGAGUCAGCAGUACAGGGAAGAUCUACAUGUACCAGACAUAUGCACCUGUCACGGGGAUCAGCCCCAGCACCGGCAGCAAGAGAGGAGGCACCAGGCUGACCAUCACGGGGAUGCACUUUGACGAGACUGACGCCAAGGUCAAUGUCAUGGUUGGAGGUACCGAGUGUCGGGUGACGGAGCCGGUGACGGACACGCAGAUAGUCUGUGAGACACAGCCUGCCCCUUCUGCUGCGGAGUACUACGAAGGUGGCCGAGGGUUGAAGUUUGAGCUGUGGAACGCAAGCAUGACUGGCCUUGACAAAGUCAGCACGUUGACAACGUCCGACGGUGACUACUACACGCGGACGAUCGACAGCGGCUACUACAAGGACGAGGCUGGAAUGGACAGGUUCAACACCAGGGCUAGAGGGUUCUUCGUAGCUCCUCGCACAUCGGAGUACCGCUUCUACGUCAUGGCUGAUGAUAACGCCGAGCUUUAUCUCAGCACUGAUACCGAUCCUGCCAACAAAGUGUUAAUGGCAAAAUCCAACGUUGACAGAAAGUAUACAGAUGACUCGGAAAACCAAGAGUCGGACCUCGUUAGUCUCACGAAAGAUGCAAGGUACUACCUUGAAGUGUUAAUGAACGAGGGGAGUGGACAAGCGUACUUUCAAAUAGCUGCACGCGCAUUCGUCACGCCCUACACCUCAUCUCAGACAGCGGCGGCUUGGCAGGACACCCAGGAGCUACAGUUCUCCUCCACCGUAAUCAAAGAUACUCAGAGUGUGGUCCUCACCGUACCCACGUCGCAGACUUUGGUGAAGGAGGUGCAGACUGUAACCAUCGUCGGCAACGAGGACACCUACUUCAGACUCGGUCUGUUUGGAGUCUACAGCGAGCCUCUCCGUUUGACGGCCAGUGAUGGGCAGGUGGACAACGCCCUGGCGAGCCUGCCUAGCCUGGCCCCUGACGGUGUGUCAGUGCAGAGAGCGACCGAGGGAGCCGGAGUUAAGUUCACCAUCACCUUCGACAGCGAGAGAGGCGACUUUCCCGACCUCACCUACAUGUUCGACGCUGGAGGCCCGAAAGACUGCACGAUUACCAUUGCAGAAAAGACAAAGGGGAGAUCACCCUUGAAACACUUCAGUCUCAAGAUGGAUGAUCUCCCCUCCCCAAGCAUUAAGGUCACCGCCAGUGCUGAUGACGUGCAAGCGUCACUGAUGUUGUUGUUCAGCGUCCGUUGCCCAGAAAUCUACAACAACCCGCCCCAUAAAUAUUUAUCACUCGACUAUGAGGUUGCCGUGCACAGUUUGUAUGGCGUGGCGGUGUCGGACGAGGAACCGUUCUGUGGCCGGUUCUCUUCUAAGAAUCCUCAAUAUUUGUAUCUGAAGGAUGGCGAUUCAAAUGGAAUGUCCCUCUCACAAUACAAGGUGCUCUGUCUGGCGUACCGUGGUGUCGUCAAGUACCUGAACAUGAAGUAUCAGUACGAGGAGUCGGAUGGAGACAAACCAGUCGCGUGGAAGACCUUCAACGUCCCCACAGUCGACGACCCUGACAAGUGGGCCUACACGUGUAUUGACCUGUACAAGAUUGCAACUGAACACAGGGCAGGACAUGUCGGCUACCGGCUGCACGCCAUCAAAAUCUACCGCCCCAACUCCAUCGAUGACAUCUACGUGGACUCUGUGACCAUCGUCAGGGAAGACACCACCAAGGAUCUUGCUGGCAUCAAUGUACGCCGUAUGAAACAGGGGAAACCAAACGGAGCGUUUGUUCGUGGACUCGAAGUCACCAAAGAAGCUGACAAGACCUACACCAUCGCCAUCGACCCCCACAACUGUGGCGAUAAGUUCCCGCUCUUCGGUGUCGAAUUUGCAUCAAGAGAAUCCGGCAGUACCAGCAGCUCCAGUAUGGCCGCACUCUACAGGACCAGCAACAACAACAAAAACCUUGACGUCGACAUAACCCGCUCCUCCAAAGCCUCGCCGCCCAUAGGGGGUGACUUCCGCAUCACCUUCAAAGGGGAGACAACCCAACCUAUAAAGCCGAGCGCGACGAUUCAGGAAGUGGAGGCACAGCUCGAAGCGCUAGGCACGACGGGAGAUAUGCGCGUAGAGCGGGUGGGAGACUGCGCCAACUUCAAAUACAUCGUCACGUGGCUCGGUCAGCCAGGCGACCAGGAGGAAGUGACGCUGACAACGAGUGCUUUGUCCGGAAAUAUCGUCAACGGCGUUGUCAAAACAACUCGAAACGGCAGCCUGUGGUAUGACCCAAUCCAGGGCGACAUGCUUCGCAUAAUUAGUGACAAACCUCAGGUUGCAGUCACGGUGAAUAACGUACCUAGUUUGUGUGAUGGCGACUGCACCUUCGACUGGACCGACGCCGCCACACCGGAAGUCACCGCCAUCAACCCUGCACAAGGCACGCUUGCUUUAAAUACGGUCCUGACUAUCACUGGGACUGGCUUCUCUACGACGGAUGAAGACAACACGGUAAUGAUAGGAGGCGUGGCUUGCACUGUUACCGGAGCAACAGCCACUCAGAUCACUUGCUCAGUUGGCAAUGGGCCAACCGGAAGCUAUGUUGUCAAGGUCAACGUCGCCGGCAAAGGGGAGGCAAAUAGCACUCAGCAAUUUGAAUAUCGAUCUUCUGCCACUGGCAUCUCGCCAACAACUGGUAGUCUCGCAGGUGGAACAUCACUGACAGUCAGUGGACACGGGUUCACCGCUGAUGCUGUUGUAAAGGUUGACAAUGUCUUGUGUACGUCUCCUGUCAUUGAACCUGGCAAGAUUGUCUGCGUCACUCCGGCAGCGACCUCAUCGUCAAAAACAAACGUCCCAGUUACCGUUGACCAGACUGGUGCAACCUUGACCUCUCCCGUGGAGUUCAACUUUGACGCCGCUGCUACAGCCGUCAUCAGCUCCAUCUCCCAAAGCAGCAGCAACGUCAGAGGUGGCGAGUCCAUCACUAUUUCCGGAAGCGGGUUUGGUGCCAGUGCCGAUCCAGCCAACCCCUUGACUCUGUGUGGAAGGGUCGCAAACAUCACCAGCUACUCCGAUACAGAGAUCAUCUUCGACACCCCCUCCAAUCCUGCUGGGUCUUGCGUCCUCAUGUUGAAGACCGGCAAUUCGGGAUAUGCGGAUACCACCACAAACAGUAUAUCCGCUGUGACGUACACACUGAAAGUAACCAACAUCUACCCAACAAUGGGGUCAAUGUAUGGCGGCACAAAGGUUACAAUUACAGGUCAAGGUUUCGUUGACGGUGACCUCACAGCUGCCAAGGUCAUGUUCGGUCCCCAUAAAUGUGCCGUAGAGUCAGCUACAGCAACAACGGUGAUAUGUACCAUCGCCGAUACCGGUGUCGUUCACGAUGUCGCCAACACUGGAUCAGAUCCCGUGUUUGGCGAGGGCUACGCAUGGGUACCACACUUAAGCCAGAUAAUGGAAGGAGACAGUGUCCGCUUCAGAUGGACUACCCCUGAGUUCAUGACCGGAAUUCUCUUCCGCAUCCUUCAAGUGAAGAACGCUAGCACGACGGAGGAGGUGAACAACGGGUUCACGUCCGGACUGACUCGUACAGCCAAUGGUGGCUACACCCAGUUCUUCCCAAACACCGGCCACUUCUACUACACCAGCGACUACGUCGACGAGCAGAAACAAAUCCUCGCAAGAGGAGCAGUGAAGGUGAAGGCGAGAACCUCACACACGGAAGUACUUAACUUCACUAUCGCCGGCUAUGAAGCAAUGUACGAUACAUCUGGUUCCAGUCCGACCGACACCUCAGGCUGCCCAGGAACAAGUGAUGCCAUUUCCGGUUGCACUGACCCGGAACCGGAAGUAAAGGACACCGCUAAGUUCAACUUCAAAUUUUAUUCCUGUAGCUCACCUUCCGUCACGAACAUCAGCAAAGAUCAAGGGACAACGGGUGAUGUCAUCACUAUCGAAGGAUCGGGUUUCAGCGACACGGAAUGCCAGAACGAGAUAGUGAUAGGCGACGCCGUGGGGGUUGUCGAAGAUGGUGCGUCAAGUACCUCCGUAUCUUUCAAGAUUAACCCCUCCAAGUCUCCUGAGAUUGGAAAACGCGACAGUUUAAAAUUCCGCGUUGGAAACAGGGGUUAUGCGAAGGUAGGAAAUGGAGUAAAGGAACUGACAUUCGUCCUGCUUCCUUACGUGACUGCGGUAUCACCCUCCACCGGGUCAAAGGUCGGAGGUACAAAGGUCACCAUCACCGGAACAGGUUUCCAAGGGACAGCUAAGGACAUCUCUGUUGACAUGGAGGGAUAUUCGUGUGACGUCACAACUGUAAUUUACACAGAGAUUGUCUGUGUUACGUCAGGGACGACGUUGGGGGAGAAGACAAUAUCCGUUACGGUCGCAGCUGGCGAAAAUAAUGUCCCCGCGGAAUGGAUGAGUGGGGUUGAUAAGACCUUCACCUUCGCCGACUCCGAAACUCCAACCGUGACUGCUGUUACUCCAACGUCUGUGAGUGGGUCUUCUACAACAAUCACCGUCACUGGUACUAUGUUUGGAACCGAUGCUGCAGCCCUCGCUGUUAAACUGGACGAAUCUGUCUGUACGAUCAGCGGCUCAGUCACAGACACGACGUUCAGCUGUGCCGUCGGCGAUGUCGCCGUAGGGAACCACAACGUCGCAGUCGUUGUAGCUGGGAAGGGAACAGCUGCAACCACGGUGACGGUAGAGAGUUCUGCUGUCAUAAGCGGGGUUACCCCUAGUACGGGUAGUGUAAACGGGGGAACAGUUCUCACAAUUAACGGCAAUGGAUUCGUUGUCGGCGAAACCACGGUGCAAGUCGGCGGAGAAGACUGUGUUGUUACUGCAGUGACUCCAAGUCAAGUUCAGUGUGACACGUCGUCCCAUGCCGCAGGGGCUGUAGAUGUCGUUGUCACAUCGAAAGGAACGACGUACCCGACAAAGGCCGCAGCGUUCACGUACGACGCCGCGGCGACACCGACCUUCACCUCUGUUUCUCCAAAUGCUGGAGUCGCCGGCGACGUUAUAACGGUAACCGGAACAGGAUUCAGCACCAACGCUGCGGAGAACGCUAUUGUUAUCAAUGACAUCAAAUGCGUAGUCAGUGCAGCCACCGCAACAUCAGCCACGUGCACACUUGGUAACCAGGCAACAGGAACAUAUCCAAUCAAAGUGGUUGUAGCAGGGAAAGGUGCGACUACGGAAUCAACGUUUACGUACGAAUUAGCCCUCACAAGUAUUUCACCGUCAAGAGGCAGCGUGGCCGGAGAUCAGAAGGUGACUAUCACGGGCAAAGGUUUCGUCACGGUCAACACGACUGUCGAGGUCUGUGGAGAAAACUGUCAAGCCUUGGACACACCGGACCAGUCCGCCACACAGUUCGUCUGCCGGACACCGGCUAAUGAUGUGUCAUCUGCGACGGCAUGUGACGUGGUGGCCAGUGUCAACGGUCUGACGUCAACACUAGCUUCAUCCUUCACCUACGACCCCUCCUUGACCCCGACAAUCACCGGCGUGUCCCCCAGGCGAAGCGGCACAGGGGGUGGGAUUUCAGUUACAAUUACCGGUACUGGAUUUGGGUCUGACUCGAGCGCUGUCAAGGUCAGUAUUGGAGGCACUGAUUGUCCAGUCAGCACCGUGAGUACCACCGAGGUUGUCUGUGUCACGGAAAGAAGCACGUCGCAGAAGACUAAGGUCAGGGUCGAGGUCAGCGGAAAUGGCAUCGCAAAGCAGGUUGACGCUGCCUUCGAGUACAUAGACGUGUGGUCGGCCAAAGCUACGUGGGGAGGGAAGGAUCCCCCUGGAGCAGGGGAGUUGGUCGUGGUGCCCAAGGGUCAGAUACUGCUCCUGGACACCAACACGCCCGUUCUCAAGAUGCUGCUCAUCCAAGGUGGUGAGUUGAUCUUCGAUGAGAAAGACGUGGAGCUGCAUGCCGAAAGCAUCCUCAUCAAUGAUGGAGGAAAGCUUCAGGUUGGUACGGAGGACGCCCCAUUCCAGCAUAAAGCAGUCAUCACCCUUCACGGGACCCUGCGGGCUCCAGAGCUUCCCAUCUACGGCGCAAAGGUACUCGCUGUCAGGAAUGGGACAUUGGACUUACAUGGAAAGCCAGUUGGGGUGACAUGGACUCGCCUUGCUUCAACAGCCACAGCGGGGGCCACCACCAUAACAGUCGAGCAACCACUCGACUGGUCAGUUGGGGACAAGAUCGUCAUAGCAACCACGGGUGGUAGACACAGCCAGAAGGAGUCCGAAGUCAGAGAAAUCACGGCCAUUUCUGCCGACAAGCAGACCUUGACCUUGAAUACGGCGUUAACGUAUGGCCAUUUGGGUGUAACCUUGGCCUUCAAUGGCGUGUCUGUUGACACAAGGGCCGAGGUUGGUUUGUUGACACAUAAUGUGGUGGUAAAAGGGUCAAGCAAUGAACAAUGGCAAGAGAAGAUUGAAGCCUGUCCCGACGGAUUUGACACUGGUGAGUUUGCCACACAGACCUGCUUCCAAGGGCGAUUCGGUGAAGAGAUGGGAAGUGACGAGUAUGGAAGCCAAAUUAUGAUCCAUGCGCCUGUGAGAGAUACGAACAUUGCCAUCGCCCGUUUGAGCUACAUCGAAGUCACCAACGCUGGUCAAGCUUUUCGACUUGGGAGAUACGCCAUCCACUUCCAUCUGAACGGGGACAUGUCUCAGUCGUAUGUCAGGUUCUGCUCCAUACACAAGUCCAACAACAGGGCCGUGAACGUCCACGGCAGCCACAACACCCACAUCGAACACAACGUCGUGUACGACAUCAAGGGUGGUGCUCUGUUCUUGGAAGACGGCAUAGAGACUGGCAACUUUUUCCAAUACAAUCUGGCUGUGUUCGUGCGUGCAAGCACUAGCCUGUUGAACGAUGACAUCACGCCAGCCUCGUUCUGGGUGACCAAUCCAAACAACACCUUCAACCACAAUGCUGCAGCAGGAGGAACUCAUUUUGGGUUCUGGUACCGGAUGCACACCAAUCCUGACGGUCCUUCCAAGACAACUGCUGUGAGAUGCAAGGAGGUCCCUCUCGGCAGCUUCAACAACAACUCCGCUCAUUCCAUGGGGUGGUUCGGAAUCUGGAUCUUUGAAGAUUAUUUCCCCACAGAAUUGGCUGUUUUCGAUGGUUUGGUUUCAUGGAACAACCACAAGGGAGCAGAGUUAGUAAAUGGCGGCAAUAUUCAAUUCAAGAACUUCAAGGUCAUUAACAACGAGGUUGGGAUUGAAAUCAAACGAUUGGUAAACGUCAACAAGUAUGACGAAACCGGACCAAUGAUCAAAGAUUCACUGAUAGCGGGUCGUCACGCAGAUUUAACCCCGUUUGUCACGAAGAGCUCCCUAGGAAUAUCUCUACCAUGGAAAAACGGCCUGAUGUUGAAGAACCUUAAGAUCGAGAAUUACGACCGGGACAAUCUGGUAGUGUUCGGCUUCUCUACCAUGCAGGGCACAUGCAGCGUUCUCUGUGGGGGCUUCACGGUCAAAAGCACCGGUCUCACGCUAACCAAUGCUCCCCGGAAGUUCCGCUUUGCUUGGCAGCAUGAGGGCGUCAUGAUUGACUUAGAUGGUAGUUUCUUGGGCACUGCCGGAGCGUCCGUAUUGCCCGACAUGGACAUUUUACCAUCAUCUCAGUGUACGGCCGAGGCUAGUUGCAGUUAUGGGGUUCCUGCUAAAAAAUGUAACCCUGGCGUUAAUUUCCAUCGCUUCGCCUCGAAUAAUCCUAAGCCCGUCAGUCUCGAGGCCAAGAAACUGCGUUUCACAAACGCUGCGGGUGACAGCGUGACUUCAGAUUUCGCUCUCAAGAGGGUGACACAUAAGCCCGGCUGGAUGGUGCUUCUUGUCGAUGGGGAGAAGUAUACACUCACGUAUGACGACGCAAAACAUCUCACUAACUUCAGCUACGAUGCGACAGCGUACAGAUUUCUGAGCAACAACCACCUGACGAUAUGCCAACAGGCAGAACGCCCUGAUCGUUUCUACAUCGGCAGCUCCCCUAUCAACGAAACCGUUGGAGGUAUCAACGUCAACACCGCCGUCAACGGCGCUUGGUCUUUCGACGACAGCCUAAACCAACUCUGCUACUUCAUAUCGCACAAGACAGAAGCCCGGAAGAAGCGCGCUGCAGAGUCCAGCGAGGACAGAAUCUUGAAGGUCAAUUCCAUCAAGUGCUUGCACAAGAACUGUAUUCCUCCGCCGGAUUUUAAAGAACUGAACAAACGGCCCGAUAACGCACUUCUGUAUUCCGACACCAAGACGUGGGACUUCCAGGACAGUCAGAAGCCACAAGCGAAUGAGGAUGUCACCAUUCCAGAAAACUACUGGAUUGUAGCGGAUGAGGAGGCAAUCCCCACCCUUGGUACUGUGGUCAUCAUCGGCGCCCUUGAAUUUGAUAACGUUGCAACGAAGACCUUCAACUUGAGAGCAAAGAUGAUUGUCGUGUACGGGCGGCUUGUGAUUGGCUGGCCGGAUGAACCCUUCUUGGGCCAGGCUAAUAUCUUCCUAUCCGGUUCCCACGCUUCAAAGCCUUAUCCUGUGGAUGAUGGCCCCACUGCCGGCGCAAAGGCUAUAGCCGUGUACGGGGGUCUGGAUCUCAACGGCAAGGGCACGUGUGUGACGUGGACGUCCCUUGCAGACACGGCAACAAAGGGAGGUAACAAGUUAACCCUUGUUGAAGCUGUGGAGUGGAGCGUGGGAGAUGAGAUCCUUGUCACGUCUACUUCAUACAGCGCGUGGCAUACAGAGACCUUUAAGAUCUCUGCUAUGUCCACGGACAAGACAAUCCUGACGCUGAAUACUACCAUGGAGUAUACGCAUGAUGUGAUGUCGGAGACGCUAGGAACGGGACACAACUACAGCGUGUCAGCCAAGGUGGGACGUUUCACCAGGAACAUCAGGGUCAUCGGAGAAACGUACUCGGGACUCUACACGGAGAGUUUCGGCGCUCGGAUUAUGGUAGCAACAAGCACGAGGAACAAUGGAACAGAAUCGUACAGCGGCGUUGCUAAGAUUAAGAAUGUGGAGUUCUACCUCACGGGCCAGGAGGGAUACACCAGCUCUUACGACCCUCGCUUCUCCGUAUCCUUCAUCGGCAUCCGCAACGACGACAAACGUCUCUCCUAUGUAUCCUGCUGCUCCUUCCACCACGGCUUCUCCCCCGCCAUCGGCGUCUUCGGCGUAACCGGCCUUCAGAUCGACAACAACGUCAUACAUCAUACAGUCGGAUCUGCUAUGAUAUCUGAUUCGGUAAAUACACAAAUCCUGAGCAACCUGGUCACUUUGACGUUAUGGCCAGGAUCGUAUCGAAGCAGAGCAGAGGCGACCAAUAUCCAAUUCGAUGGCAGCAUUGACGUCAUGAAAGCCACCAGCCUUGUCUUCAAGAACAACGUCAUCGCUGGUUCAGAAAGGACAGGAAUCAGAGUCAGAGGCGAGGACUGCACGAGCGAAUCCAGCUGGACUGGGAACGAGGUUCAUGCAAGCAUGAUCGGUGUGUCCAUGUUUCCUACUGAUGAAGAUGUCGUCAGCACCACGUGUAUAUACCUUGCCAACCUUUUGCUGUGGAGAAAUUAUGACUACGGGAUCUACUACAACCAGGCGGCGAGUCUUAAGGCAAAGUUCAUCAUCUCCAUCGAGAAUGGCAUCGGUAUAUUCCCGAUGGUGGUUGGACCAAGUGCUCUUAGUCAUCAGACGUCAGACAAAUUUGUGGAAGUGACGAAUUCCAUGUUCGUUGGGCAGACCUCGUCCUUCGACUGUGAUGUACACAAGUUCGACUCAAGCGAUGAUAAUUUCAAGUUGAGCUCCCAAGCACGAAGCUUUGCCCAUGGUGCAGAUACAUCAAUGGUUGGUCUCCUGUUCCCACAGUUCACUCAGGGCAGUAACAAUGCCCCCGAGAAGCCAUUUAUUUCUGUCAUGUCUUACAAUGCCAUCAGUGGGAUCAUGAAUAUAAAAGAUAACGUCUUUGCUCGUUACGACGCGUCGUGUGGGACGAGUCAGAACUUCGCCAUAACGUCCAACAAGGGCAACGACGACCUCCAGCACCCUAUGAAUGCGGAAGAUCUGACAUUUUAUUUUACGCCUAAAAACAACCGGGUGUUCUACCAUCAUCCCAACCUCGGUAAAAUCAACCCCUCUGAUUGCGUGGACAUGGAUUGUGAUGCCAUGAAGAAGCUGUUGCUCAGAGACAAGGAUGGUUCCAUGCUCGGCUCCCCUGGCUCCAUCCUCUCCCGGUCGGAGUGGGAGUGGGACGGGGAUAGACGGAGAGGUCUGGGAGAUUACAGGCUUCCUAAACAGAUGCUUACUGACCUGGCUGGAAACAAAAUCAAUGUCUCAGCAAUUGCGCCAAACAAAGGAAUUGUACGAAAUGAACAGUGUACCUUCAACGUGAAGUGGAAUGCGUAUGAAUGUCACAAUAUUGAUCACGUGAUGCUGGUUAUUGAAAACAUGGAUGAGGAUACAGAGUUGAGGCGGCUGUCACCUGUCGCCGUCCUCAGCAACCAGUAUGUCGACCUCGUCAACGGCCCCCAGGACCACGGCUGGUGUGCAGGCUACACCUGUCAAAAGAGGCUGUCUACCUUCCACGUCCUUGUCCCGAACGAUGACUCCAGUGACGUCUUCUUCACCAGCACCACCCCCCAGGUUAUUCGACUCCAGCUACUUAACGCCGACAACACCAAGUCCGUCAGGGUGGGGGUGUGGUACGCCAGACGGUACAGACUCGACGUGUACGUCGGUAGCACCUACAUCGUUCCCAACAAUGCCGAAAUGAAGGGUGGCAAGUUCUCCUACAAGAGCGGCGUCACCAGGACCCAGUGCCUCCCUGACCCUGCUACAGCCAAACACGGGGACAACUGCAUGCUGCAAGAUGAAGGUAUGAUGUACGUCAUUGUCCGUGGAUCGGAAUACGUGGAGAUCCGGACCACCGCGCAGGUAAUGGUGGGGCUGACCUUCAAGACGGAGUUGGAAUUCUUUGGCGAAGACAUUGUCCAGAAUUUAGCCGUGUUCCUAAAUGUUAAACCAAGCAUGGUGAGGGUUGUGAGCAUCGUUCGAGCUUCCGGAGCCCGACGACGACGUGCUGUCACGGAGACGACAGUGGUCGUGGAGUACGGUGACCCCCCGGGUACCCCUGCUGGAAGCGUGACAUCUCAUGAAGCUUUGGACAGUGCAGCAGCAGCUGUGACAAAUGCGGUUGCCCUGGGCAGCUUGACCAUUGGGCCCAGUGGCUCAAUCCCCACGCACGUGACCCUGACCGAACCCGUCCCCCCAGUAGCCAGUGAGGCCUGGAAACACGUGGAGUCCGACACGAAGCCCAUCACCCUUUCCAAGGCUGGACGCAUGAGCUUCUAUGAACCAGCUGUUGAAGGCAGAGAGGGCCAGCCCUUCCUCACACCGAUGAGGCUGAGAUUAUAUGAUGAUACCGGGGCUGCCAUUGGGAAACUGGGAACAGAUCUCAACCCCUGGCAGAUCGAAGCCACGUUGAAGAAAGGAGCUGGGAGUCACGCAUCCGCCAUGUUGGGAGGAAUGACUGUUGUGAACAUGACCAACGGAUGGGCCAACUUUACUGACCUUUACAUUUCUCACAGGGGGUCAGAUUAUACCGUAGAGUUCAAGGUCAUCUCUCCAGAGUCCAACUUCACAGAAGUCUCCCCUGCUCUGAAUAUCUUGAAGAGGGAACUAAGCGCUUACGUGGCAGGGAGGACUCCAACACCCUUGGAGGACAGGCCCAUGUCUCUCGAACUCAAGUUGAAAGACAAAGGAACCAAUAUGCCUCUGUCGGACAUAGCGUGGAGGGGACACACCUGGUCGGUAACGGCUUCCAUGACAGAGGGUACGUUGACCGGAACGAAGACGGUAAGUUUCGACCCUUCCACCGGCAUGGCCACUUUCAGUGACCUGCAAAUUGACGAAAUUGGACGCUACUACCUCAAGUUCCAUGUGACGUCAACUCCAGCUGAUUACGACUUCAUCUACGAGGGCUACAUUGAUAUCAGCAACUCUGUCCUGGAGGCAACGCCCAAGGACAAGACAUCUACGUGUCAGUUCAAGUUUGACACCAAUUUUGAUCCUCUGCAGUCUCCAAAGGAUGUGGCCAGGUUCGCCAGGAAAUGGGCCAUCGCUAAAAAGGAUAAGGGAAUCAAGCUAAAGGACGUCACAGCAGCGCAAGGCAGUGUCCUCGCCACACUCGUGUUGGAGGGCAGCAACGUUGGUGUCAGUCAGGCCAUGGAUGACAUGUGCAAGGAGGUGGAGGAAGGCGAGAUGUACAGCUUCAACGGACAAAGUAUAAAACUUAUGCCCUUCAUGAUGGUCGAUGGCAAGAAUGUGUACGGUGUCUCAUGCGGGCCAACGAACGCAGACAAAGGCCUGAGCCCUGGAAUCAUCGCCGCCAUUGUCCUGGUCAUUCUCCUCCUUAUCAUCAUCAUCGUCGGCUUCCUUGUUUGGAAGUUCAUCAUCGUUCCCAAGACAAAGACUUACGACGUCCGGAAUAUAGUGUGCGAUUCGAACGCAGACAUCCGGGCACUUGGCAGGGGCAAAACCGGUUACAGCAUCGAAGACUAUCUGUUCCGUGACAAAACCUCCAGCAACAUUAGAAACCAGGUGCCCGUGCCCAACGCCCCCGCGGCCACAGCAGGUACGGCAUUCAGCCUCAGCGUGGACAGUCGUAUGGACAUGUACGACGACCGACCAACGUCCAGUGUAAGUGCCCGGUCACUUCCCCAGAAGAUGCCGCUUCCAUCCGACUAGGCCGCAACUGACCACUGCAGCGACUAGAAUUGGAACGGCACUUUCCUAAUGUUCUGGACAUUUUAUAGAAAAGUGACGAAAACAUUCACAUAAAUUAACAGAUUAUUUACUUAUUAUGCAUUUUACAUAAGUGUAAAGGGAUACAAUAAAAUAAAAUACAUAAAACCAAGUUGUAAAAUUUGAAUGCAUAUUUCGUUAUAUGAAAUUGCAUAUUCUUAAGUAAUUUAAAAUUGCCUUUUAGUUCAGUUAUUUUUUUGAAAUCGUCACCUGAGAAAUAUAUGGUGUUUUAUUUGCUACGUACCUGUACAAAUACAAAUUUGCAAGGUUGCGGUAAAAAUUCACACUGUAUAUUAAAUCUAUUGUUUGUAUUUUACCAUGUGUGUAUUUAUUAUGAAACUAACAUUGUAAUCACUGGGUGUUUUGUAAAUACAUCUCCCAGAGUAAUGCACGUGAUUUGUACUUUGUAUAAUUGAACAAUUUAUCUGAAACCAUUUUCAAAAACAAUAGUCAUUUAACGAAAUUCUCGAUCUAUAUAUUUUACGAUAAUAUUUAUUCAGAUUGAAACACCACAACGUACACUCAAUGUUAACUUCAUGUAAAACCGUCCCAUGGUCCCUGAUUAGUGUAUUUUGAGCCUUACCCUAGAAGGUGCCUUGCAUUUUGUCUUUUCUACCGAAAUAAGACUGUUAUACGUAAAGUCGUUUAUAUUAGCCUUAAUAUUGUUCAAAUUUAUAUGUUGUUGUUGUUGUUAUAUAUAUAUAACCGUUGAUAACGUGUAAUGAGUGUCAAAACUCAUUGCGAGAACAUUUAAUGGAACCUUAUACUGCUGAAUCGCGUUACCAACUUUUGGUUCAAACGUUAUAGCUUGUCACCCCUUAUAUAAUUAGACCCGCUUUCGAUCCCAGAAUGGGUAAGAAAUAUGACUACAUUCCCUUUAUCUGACCUUUGGGCCUGUGGAAAAGGUGCCCGCUCGUCACGCCUGAGACCCGCGUUCGAUUUCCUGCACGGUUACCAAAUGUGCAUACAUUCCUGUUAUCUCCCUUUUCGGCCUGUGGAUAAAGUGUUUGCUCGUCACGCUGAAGACCCCCAUUCGAUUUCCCAUUUGCGUACAAAUCGUAAACCCUUUUGUCCCUGUGAUUUUGAUGUUGUGUUGCUAAAAAGCUAAACCUAUUCUCUCACUCAUUUAAGAAAUUAUUUUAAAAAACAUUUAAUUUUCGAAUUACGACAGAUGGAUUUCUUGAAAGUGACUUUUAAAAAAUUCAUUUACAAAAGUGAACAGGAAAAAGAACGAUUUACGCAACCUUUGACACAACCCUGAGGGAGCUAUAUAUUCGUUUCUAAUGCAGAAUUCGACUGUAUUUUGUUAUCUACUUAUAUACGUUAAGGGCCGGCCAUUUAAUAUUCUUUGGAUGGGGGUAGGACCUGUGAUAUUUCUUAAAGACAGAAUAUUCCUCUGGUCACUGCUUCGAGGUAUGUCAUUAGUUUCUCUAUAAAGAGGACUCGGGCAGUGUUUCAAUUUAUUCACAACACAUUUUGGUCUAUAUUCAGCAUUUUUUUGUCUAUAAAACCUGAAACAAAAUUAUUUUCUUCAAAUAGUUUCAUCCCUUUCCAGAGCAUCACAUGGUCCUAACCUGCUGUUUUUUUUGCUGUGAAAUGUAUAUAAAUGUAUGAUGAUGUUAUUGUUUUUAUUGAUACAGCAUUAUCAACAAAUAAACCACGGUAACGUCCUUUCUACAUACGAACCGGCAUGCCAGCAUUAUCAAUCUAACAUUACAUUUUACAGUCAAACGAGGGAUUUUCUUUUCAUGAAUACAUUUUAUUAAACCACUCUCUUGCCAUUUAUUGUCAAGAUAUAACAGGAAAUUUUUAAACAUGAUACAAAAAUAGACAAUCGAAGAAAACAAGCUUUAUGAAGAAAAUGUCAAAUGUGUUUAAAUUGGCAAAGUAUAUAUUUACAAAUUCAUUUUCAUGAAUACUUCGUUUUAUACUAGUUGUUUCCUGUUGAUAGAGUAUGCACAUGUUUUUCAAUGAGACUUUCGCUUGUAAAUUGCACACGUGUUUUAUCUAAUUGCGAGUAAAACCAUUAAUAUUUUAACAGAUCAAUUAAAUAAUAGGAGGAUGUGACCAUAUAUGCCAUGAAUGUUUUAUCAGAUAUUACUCUCAAUCAUCAAACAUUUACAAGGAAUGAAACAAUUUUGCAACUAAAGGUCAAAGUAGUUUGUUUCAGGAACAUGAAUUUUAAAGUUUUUUAACCAGUAGAUGUAUAGCGAGUAAAUGUCACUCUUCCCUAUAUUCAACGCAAACCUAUCUUUGUGUAGCACAUGUUUUUUAGAUGCUGUUUUUUAGAUGAUGACAUAUGCUGUCAUUUAUUAUUGCUUGUCUCUUUAUCGCAAUUCCGUCCUUUUAAUAAGUCUCUGUUUGAUUGCCAUGACUGUAACUGUGAUAAAGUUGUUUUGCUUCUUGUAACGUUUUAUUAAAUAUAUUCUUUAAAAA